AUGGCGGCGGGCGGCGCCGCGCGGCGGCUCGUGCUGCUGCUGGUGGCGCGGCCGGCGGCGGCGGCGGCGGCGGCGCGGGGAGCCUGGGCCGGGGCCGCGGGGCGCCGGGUGCUGCCGCGGGCCGCGCCCUGGGCUGCCGCGGCCCUGGCGGUGCCCGCCGCGGCCGGGCGGCCGGCGGCCGCUGCGGAGCGGUGUCCGGAGCCGCGGCGGCGGCGGCGGCAGCAGCAGCAGCAGCAGCGGCGGGGGCUGCUGAGGCGGCUGGGCCUGGCCGUGCGCCUGGGCCUGCGGGCCUGCGGGCUGCUGCUGCGGUUCGGGCCCCUGCUGCUGCUCUACCCGCUGAGCCGCCUGUCGCCCCGGCUGGGCGGGCUGUGGCUGCGGCUGCUGCGCAGGGCCGCCGAGGCCGCCGGCCCCACCUGCGUCAAGCUCGGCCAGUGGGCCAGCACCCGGAGGGACCUCUUCUCCGAGGCCUUCUGCGCCGAGUUUUCCAAGCUGCACGUCGAGGUGAGCCCGCACCCCUGGGGCCACACUGACGAGCUCCUGAGGAAAGCCUUUGGCGAGGACUGGAGGGGCAUCCUCAAGUUCCCAAGCCAGGAGCCGGUCGGCUCGGGCUGCGUCGCCCAGGUGUAUAAAGCCUACGUGGACCUUGCGGUCCUUGCUGGCUCCGAGGCCAAGGAGCUAGCGAGAUGCUCAGUGCUCAGGUCUGCUUUUGAAGUAUGGGAAGUGUCUGGUUUUAGAGGCCUCUUCAGGUGGCUUGGGAGGAGGAAGCAUGAGGAGGUGCAGGAGGAAGAGAAGAGCAGGGGGGAGCUGAAUCCAAAAGGCUGCUCCCCAGGAAGGUCUGCGUGGGCAGCACCGCUGAUGGAGCAGAUGGCCGAUCCACUCCUGAGUGCAAACCCUUCAUCAGCCAGACACCUGAUUCCUGUAGCCAUUAAAGUUCUGCACCCUGGACUUGUCCACCAAGUCCAGAUGGAUCUGUUCCUCAUGAAGAUGGGUAGUCAUAUCAUUGGACUUCUCCCUGGGUUCAAGUGGCUCAGUUUGACAGAGAUUGUGGAGGAGUUUGAGAAGCUUAUGAUUCAGCAGAUUGACUUACGCUAUGAAGCCAGGAAUCUGGAACGCUUCCGACAAAAUUUCCUGGAUGUUGAUUUUGUGAAGUUCCCAACUCCUCUUCACCCCUUGGUGACAACAGAUGUUCUAGUGGAAACAUUUGAGGAGAGUGAGCCUAUUUCCCAGUACCUGCAUGCAGAGGUUGCCACAGAGCUGAGGCAGAGACUUGCAAAGAUGGGCAUGGACAUGCUCCUAAAGAUGGUCUUUGUUGACAACUUUGUUCAUGCUGACCUGCACCCUGGGAACAUCCUGGUCCAAGGCACAGCCCACAUCAGCACAAGUGGCAAGGAGCAGACUGCCAUCGUGGACCUGUGUGACACACUUGUGGUGGAAGUGCAGCCACCCUGUGGGCGGCUCUGCCUGGUGCUUCUGGAUGCAGGGAUCGUGGCGGAGCUGCAGACUGUUGACAAGCAGAACUUCCGGGCGGUUUUCACAGCUGUGGUCCAGGGCCAGGGGGAGAAGGUGGCAGAAUUGAUCCUUCAUCAUGCUCGUGCUAACCAGUGCCAGGAUAUUGAGCGAUUCAAAGCUGAGAUGGCAGAGCUAGUGACCAAGGCUCGGGGGAACACCAUCGCCCUGGGAAAGCUUCAAGUGGCAAAUCUCCUCUCCAAUGUCUUUAAGUUACUGAUGACCCAUAAGGUGAAGCUCGAGAGCAACUUUGCUUCCAUCAUUUUUGCCAUCAUGGUCCUGGAAGGGCUUGGUCGUUCACUGGAUCCUGAACUGGACAUCCUGCAGGCAGCUAAACCACUGCUCAUCAAAACUGCAGCUUCUGUCCUUGAAUAGACUCUUGCGGUUGCUGCCCUCUUACUGUGCAGGGUUACGUUUGCUUUCUGUGAGCAGAUAGAGAAAGAAGCUGAAGGUGAGAACUGUCACAUGCCUCUCAGUGCCAUGCAGUGGAUACUCCUAAUUAAUGUUGCUUCCAGUCAUAUCCAACCAGCAAACAUGGGGUGAUCACAGAAUUGCAUGCAGAAUGGCUGAGGCUGGAAGGGACCUUUUAAAGAACAUCUAGUCCAAUCGCCCUGUUCAACCUAGAGCAGGUUGCCGAGGACCCUAUCUGGAUGGCUUUUGAAUAUCUGCAAGGAUGGAGACUCCGCAACCUCUCAGAACAACCUGUUCCAGGUUUUGACCACCCUCUCAGCAAAAAAGUUUUUCCUUAUUUUCAGUUGGAACUUCUUGUGUUUCAGUUUGUGCCUGUUGCCUCUUGUCCUGUCACUGGGCUCCACUGAAAAGAGUCUGGCCCCAUCCUCUUUACAUUCUUCCUUCAGAUACUUAAAUGCACUGAUAAGAUCCCCUCUCAGUCUUCUUUUCCUAGCUCUCAGCCUUUACUCAUAUGAGGAAGGUCUAUUCCAGAAGCUAGGAAGAUAUUGCAGAGAUGGAGAGUUCUGCCUCCCUUAGGAAUUCAUGAUUUUAUGAGAUAAUAUGUUCUGGUAGUUUUUUAACUGAUGGUAUCAGAUACUUUAGGUGCACAAGAUUACUGCAGCCUGGUGAAGAAAUCAGGUUUACUUCUGUGAAAGUCUGUAAUAGGAUGUUCAGCUAGCAAGUCUGUUUUUUCAAAACAAUCAGGUUAAAUAUUUUAAGUAAGUUAAUUUGCUGACUGAUCUGUCACUACUGUAUGAGAAGUGAUAUUCUGAUACCACCUAAGGAAGUAAUGUAGAUAUUACGACUAUGAAAUGUAAACAUGUAAAAUGUACCUUUUUCUGUCUUUUUAAUUUCUACUUUUACUGUAGAAGUGUCUUGAGAUCCCACAUGAAGUGGUCAGUCCUAAGUCAUUUUGGAUGAUAAGAACAGAGCAGGCAAUUUCAUUUUCAGACUUUCAUAUUCUAGCAUAAUACUCCAAGAGUUUGGAUUAUAAACAGUAAAAAAAUAUUUUUUUUAACAGAAAAGCUAAUCUAUAAUAAAAGCAACUUUGGAGACUUAUUUCUACUGGCCUUUAGUUUUUGUUGAAGCUUACAAAAUAAAAAGCCUUUUCCUCAUCUCUAUUCCCCUUUCUCCCUUCCUUUCCCCCCCCCCUCCAACCCUGCACCAAAAAAAGAAAUCUGAAGUCAACUCAAAUCUUCACACUAACAUGCAGAUGCUUGGGUUUUGCCUCUGGUAGUUUACAAAAGAAGGAGUCUAUGCAUUUUCACUAAUGGAUGGAAAACUUACAAAUGUUAUAAAAAUGAAAUAGCCAAAAAAAUGACUUGCUACAUUUGUCUCUUACAGUUAUUUUA